CUCGAAAGUCACCCUUCCAUCGCCCUUCACUUGACUUCCCUCUUUUACAAGGUGAAGCAAGCUGAAAGUCUCUCUCUCUAUUUCUCAGCUUGGGAGAUAAUUCAUGCACGACUGAGGUGCCUAAUUAGCCGGACCAAUAUGUCGCAACGUGUACACAUUCUCUUUACUAUUGUUCCACUCAUUUUCGCCUCACUCAGGCUGGCCGGAUUCCAGACCGCGUUCCAGGUGUCGAAUUGACGAUUCAGCCCCUUCCGCUCCUUCCAAACCGCCCUCUGCCAGAUCACAUACAUACAUACAUACAUACAUAUCCCCAGUACCUUCCCGCCCCAACCUUUCAUAUCGUCAUAUGUUCAUGAAAGAUUUCGAGUCUCGGUUGUCGGGCGCCCAUUGUACACGCGACCAUGGCUCGGGGGAAGGGCGCCGCAGAGCCCGAAAAGACUCAACGGCUUUCCCUUGCUGAGCUGGCCGCCCAUGACGACGUGUGCUCAGACGUCAUGAUAGAUAAUGCUUAUUACAAGUCAAGAAUCAGAAAGAACCGCACUAAACACAUCCCAAUCCGCGGCAUCAAGGAAGACGAAGUCCCUCGGAUCUUAUUGCACAAGGUUAUUGUCGACAAAGAUGUGAAGGGCGCAGAGAAGGCUCUUCUCGCGCUUCCAGGAUUGAAGAGAUACAAAAAGAGUUUACGCACCAAAGGUGAACAGGAACAUUUCUUGAACCACUUGAGAAAGUACAUUGAUAUGUACCAAACCGAUUGUGCUUGGGAGGUGUCUACAACUAAUCGCUACACUAUCACCACCUACGAGGCGGCCGUCACAGCCAGGAGACGCAUCAGACAGGGAGACACGAUCAAAUAUCUUACCGGCACACUAGUCCCUCUGACCACCGAGGAGUCGGCUGACUUGGACUUGACGAAUCGCAACUUUAGCAUCGUCGUUUCCAGUCGCAAGAAAAAUUCUUCCAUCUUUUUGGGUCCCGCUCGCUUCGCCAACCAUGACUGCGAUGCAAAUGGGCGUCUUGUGACGCGUGGAGAAAAUGGCAUGGAAGUCGUUGCCAUGAAGAAUAUUGAGGUGGGCGACGAGAUCACUGUUUCAUAUGGCGAUGACUACUUUGGAGAUGGCAAUAUCGACUGCUUGUGCCAUACGUGUGAACAACUCGAGCGGAAUGGCUGGACAUCCAAGGCUGGCAUCCUUGACACUCCUAGUCGCGCCUGCACUCCACUUAAUGAACCACAAACAGCUGUCCAACCUCGAGGCCUAAAACGGAAAAGAAACUCAAAUCCUUCAUACUCUUCUUCCGUACCUCCCCCAUCGAAGCAUGCCAAAGUCGUCCAGUCGCCGUCCAAAUUGCAACAUUCUUGGACGCCAUCGGACAGUCCAGAUGCGGAAUUGCCACUACUUCCAAUAGAGCGAAAGUCCGAACCGAUCGAAAAUCUGCGAGCUGUGGUUUCCGAGGUAGCAGCGACACUCUCGCCACCUCAUAGUCCUUCCCAGUCAGAAAAACGCGAGUCCGGAAAGUCAUCCGUUCAGUUGGACCCAGAGUCUUCGGCUCCGGAAGAUAGUAUGGAUCAUGCACUUGAGUCCCGGACGUCGCUUGGCUUAUCAAAGGCACAAGCGGAUUACAGUGAAAGCAGGAAGGUUGCCAAACUUAUAGGCAAGAUAUCAUCGCGUGCUUUGUUGUCCCCAGCACCGACUUCUCCUUCCAGCCAUGGUUCUACACUCGAGGCGGGCCCAAUGAGCCGGCCAAAUGAGGCUCCUCAUAACAUCGACGCAGUUGUCACAAUCAAGGUCGAAACGGUCGAGACAACGAAGAUGGAGGAAGAUGAGGAUACAAUUAUCGUUAUUCCGUCUAGGCGAAACUCUGCACAAACCAGUAACAACGUUCACAAACCGCAAGAGCACCAUACUACAUCGACCGUGCCUCACGCUAUCUCGACUCUGUCCACCACAACAGUCAGUAAAGAGGUCCGUCCUGUCGACUCGUCCAGAGCUGCAGCCACGGAAAAUAGUGUGUUACCAUCCAUAGAACCGAUCAAUGCCACAACCACCGUGGCCAAAUUGACGGUCCACCCAGUGACUGGCACCAUCCGCAUUGCUGGCGACUACAUUCUCACGAGAAAGUUGCUUGCCCAACCACAUGAUCGGUGGGUGCAAUGCCACAACGAUAAAUGUCUCGGUUUCUUCAUUCAACCCAACGGAUACCAGACGAGGCGGGAGUGCCCGCGAUGCGAGCGCCAUAGUAUGCUCUAUGGAUAUCCCUGGCCAAAAACAGACCCAGAUCCGCGCAAAUUGCUUGAGCGCAAGUCUCAGGGCAAUGGUCGUGGUAAGAAAAACAACGCUCAGGCAAUCGAGUACAGUGCGUACAGACGGAAGGGGAGAUGUGGGAAGGGGACGUGGGUGGAAGGUGGAGGAGACCCAGAAGAACGGGUUAUGGACCAUCGCACGAUCCACCGCUUCGUAUUGCCCGAGGAGGAGAGAGAGUUGACUCGAAAGGGUCUACUGAAAGAAGCAGAAGUUGCUCGAGCGGCUGGGGACCAUGCCUUAGCCAUCUUGGAGGCGAGGAUGCGCGCAGGUUCCAGCUCUGGGGUCCUCAACCACGGAAUGGGAACGGAAAGUGCUACGAGGGACGCAAGCGAGAGUGGGAGUGCCACUCCUGAUGAGUUGAGGAGGAGAAGCAAUCGCUUUGUCACGAGGCCUGUGGGUGUCUACACAGACAGAUUCUAGGCGCAGAUGUGGGAACAUGUACCCAGGUACAGUGACAGCAAGAGGUAAUGUCGACGUCGUCAAUGACGUUGUUUGACCUGCAGGAAGAGGGGGAAAUACCGAGGGUCUGAAGAAUCGAGACGCGGUGGGGAGCUGUGGUCAUUAUUCUUUGUGGAGAGCAAGGAGGGUGAACCUGUACCCAGAAAGCAGAGAGGAAGAUCAGUACAUAAUGCUGUACCAGAGUUAUUCCGGACGUUGGCUGUUGAUCACGAGCAAUUUGGAGACCAUACGAAAUCAGCCGAAGAUGUUGUGAGAACAUAGCUCGACUGUACAAGGUACGGAAAAGCAACAUAACGUUGAAGCCUGUAGCACACAGUGCGUCAGGGCCAUAGAUAUUUUCAACACGAUCCGCAAAGGGGGUGCCGACGUCAAAAAGGAGCCAAUAGCGCCGAGCUGAUAACGAAG